AUGGGUGACGGCGGGACACGUCUGAGGGUGCAGCCGAAGGUUGUUCAAAGACUGACCUCCUCUGACCGACAGCACAUUUGUGCUGGAACGGAGAAUAAGCUGAGCACUCUGUCCGACCUGGAGCAGCAGUACCGCACGCUCAGGAAGUACUAUGUGAACUGUGAGGUGGUCAUGGGAAAUCUGGAGAUCACCAGCAUCGACCGCAGCCGCGACCUCACCUUCCUCCGGGUAAGAACCAAACACCUGCAGGAACACGAUCACCCGCAUGCACACUAG